UUUGAUUCUAUUGUGCUAUAUUUAUAUCACAAUAGCAUUUACUAGAUUUUAUUUUUAUUUAAAAGUCUCUUGUUCUUGUUUCAAAUUGUUUUAUUUUAAAAUGGGAAUUUUUGCUUUCUACUUUUUCUUAAUUUCUAUUUUAUACAAUAUUUUAUUUUUCAUCAUGGCUUGAAUACUUAGUAUUAUUAUUUAUCGUUUGAAUUCUAAAUUAGAUAUGUCGUCAUAUCCUAAUAUGAAUCCUAUGGUAAUGCCUCCUCCCCCUCCACCUCCUCCAAAAACCAUCCAAUCUGAAAUGGGUCAAAUGAUGGAGGGAUAUGAUCAGGAUCCUCUUAAAAUGGGUGUUGGAGUAUCACAUGAUUCCUAUGCUAGUAUGUCUGCGCCUACGUUUGCAGCACCUUUUAUACCUCAGCCUCCAAGUGCACCUCCACCCGGUCCAAUGGUUCAUCCUAUGGGAAUGAUAAAUCCAGCUAUGGGAUUAAUGGUACCUCAUAUGGGACUCCAACACGUUCAAAUGGGAAGACAAGUUAUAGAUCCAUACCUGGCAGCUGAGAUUUCAUCAAUUGUUCACACACUCUCGACAUCGCAAUUAAUUUAUGUCCUUGCAGCCUUAAAGAAGUUUCUUAAGCACGCACCUUCAGAGGCUAGAAGAUUCCUUAUUAAUAAUCCUCAACUUACAUAUGCACUGUUACACACACAGUUCAUACUCGGAGAACAUGAUGAAAGUGUUUUACCUCUUUCUAAACUUGACCAUGACAUUUCGCAAGUUAACCGACUAGAAAGAUCAGGACACCUUAAACCUUUUCACAGUUUGUAUGAAGAUAAUCCACUUAAAGCUGAACAUAUGGAACAUUAUACUGAUCAAUACAAACAAGAAUACAAAAUGCCAUACCAACAACCAGUACAGACAGUGGAACAUGAAAAGGUAAAACAUCAUCAUGAACAUCGUCCUCAACAUCAUGAGCGUCCUCAACAUCAUGAGCGUCCUCAACAUGAGCAUUCUCACCAUCUUGAGCAUCAGUCACACGUUCACCAACAUCAGAUGACACCUCAGCCUCAGCCUCAGCCUCAGCCUCAGCAGUUAACUAACGAGGCAACUCAGAAGGAUAUUGACGAUUUAAUGAACAGUGGUGUUUACCCAGCUUCCGCACCUCUUGUAGAUGCUGUCAUUAAGAACAACGAUCUUCUAACAAAUAUACAAAAGGCGACUAGGGAGGAGAUGACUUCAUGGCCUGCUGAACAGAAACAACAAGUUCUGUCGAUUAAAGUUGCGCUUCAUAUGAGAGGUAUCUCAGUUAACCUAUAGCCUGGAAAUAUUAAUUUUAUACAUGUGUUU